AACUACAAAAUGCUUAUGAAUGGCUCGAGGAAGAUGACAAACCAUGCAGAUCCUAAUCAAAUCAACAAUAACUGGGAUGUAAUGAAAUAAACCAGAUUUUCAAGGGACCCACAGGACCCAGCAUCCCAGGACCAGACACGCGGGGGACACCCCAGAGGUUCAGGAUCCAUGCCACCGCAGUGCGAUACGAUUGGUUCAUGCGAGCUCAUGCGAGCGGCGUCACACAUUGAAUGCCUGCCUCCCUCGUCGCGGAGUCCAGUCUGGUCCAUCGACGGUCAGGAGGCACUGAGAGAGGAUCGGGGCAGAGUACGAUCACAGGUCCCUGUCACCUGUAUUAUAGACACCAGCCAGAGCACCGGCAGACCCAGGCAACCGGAGCAGUGUCCUUCAAGUCAAGUGGCAGUCCUGCCCCCCUCCUCAGCGGAUUCCUGGUUGGUCGUCCAUCUUACCAACCAGAUAUUAUCUGCAUCCACGAGUCUGUCCAGUCCCCGCUGAGCUCACUUCAGUAUUCGUUUGGAGGCCAGUCCAGCGCUUCAAGCUGGACGGUGGAGAGACGAGUGGGGCCGAGGGCCCGGCAUUUGUGUUGCGACAUAGAACUUCAAAUCUCAUAGCACAACACACCACAGAGUGCACGCCUACAGAUCCCAUGAGUCCACGGGAGAAAGGAGACUUGCCCACCUCAGGUUCUUCAACCAGUCACCUCAGCACCGCAGAGUGCCCUUCACACAGUGGGAGCGUCCCAGAGUGCGACGAAGAGAGAAGGGUCAACGAAGAGGAUGGCAGAGGAAGAAAAGAAGAGGAAAGCGAACAGGAGGAGGAUGAGAAAAGCAGCGAUGAAGGCUUCAUGGGAAUGACACCGCUGCUGCAAGCGCACCAUGCCAUGGAGAAGAUGGAGGAGUUUGUACACAAGGUGUGGGAGGGUCGGUGGCGCGUCAUACCUCACGACGUUCUACCCGAUUGGCUGAAGGACAACGACUUCCUGCUUCACGGCCACAGGCCGCCCAUGCCUUCGUUUCGCGCCUGCUUCAAGAGCAUCUUCAGAAUCCACACUGAGACAGGAAACAUCUGGACACACCUGAUAGGCUGUUUGUUUUUCCUCUGUCUGGGUCUGAUGUACAUGUUCAGACCCAACAUGUCUUUUGUGGCUCCAGUCCAAGAGAAGGUGGUAAUUGGGAUGUUUUUCCUGGGAGCCAUCCUCUGCCUCUCAUUCUCCUGGCUCUUCCACACAGUCUACUGCCACUCCGAGGGCGUGUCCAGAGUCUUCUCCAAGUUGGACUACAGUGGGAUCGCCUUCCUGAUCAUGGGCUCCUUCGUCCCCUGGUUGUAUUAUUCCUUCUACUGCUCCCCUCAGCCCUGCUUCAUCUACCUGAUAGUGGUGUGUGUACUAGGACUGGCCGCCAUCACCGUCUCCCAGUGCGACUUCUUCGCCACGCCACAGUACAGAGGAGUCAGAGCAGGUGUGUUUGUGGGUCUGGGUCUGAGCGGCGUGGUUCCCACCCUGCACUUUGUCAUCAGUGAGGGUCUGAUCAAGGCGACCACCAUCGGCCAGAUGGGCUGGCUGUUCCUCAUGGCGACGCUCUACAUCACUGGAGCCUGUCUGUACGCCGCUCGCAUCCCCGAGAGGUUCUUCCCCGGCAAGUGUGACAUCUGGUUUCACUCCCAUCAGUUGUUCCACAUCUUGGUGGUCGCCGGGGCUUUCGUUCACUUUCACGGCGUCUCCAACCUGCAGGAGUUUCGCUACACGGCUGGGGCGGGCUGCACCGAGGACGGCAAUCUGUAACACAUACUGACUCACUCAUCAUUCACUGACGCAGUUUUCGAGGGAGGCACUGUUUCUAAUAUGCACCGAUGUACACACACACACACACACACACACACACACACACACACACACACACACACACACACACACUCACUCUACCCUCGAACUGCAGACCGAAGUGGCUUGUCCUUCUCAGCGAGGACGCGAUUAAAACUAACUGACGAGAGGUUUUCUUCUCUUUCUGUCUGUUGUCCUCUGGCUCAAGUUUGCUUUGACUAUAAAACCACUUCUGUGACAGCGUGUUUUAUAAAAACAGUUUGAGACUCUUUCCAGGGAGCACCUCCUCUUGUUCAGGAGGCUACGAGUCAUUCAGAGCCUCCCCGCGUUCUCUUCUAGGAUUUAUGGUUUGGUUUCCAGCAGAAGCAUAAUUCAUGCUUUAUUAAAAAAAAAAAAAAAACAUUUUUGGGGUAUUUUUUCUUUUUUGCUGAAUGCUGUUUUCUAAGUCACCUUUUUAGAGGACUCAAACAUGCAACAAUGAAAAAGAAUUGAGUGGAAAAUUGAUUCUUUCCUUCAUUGGGAAGCUUUGCAAGUGUGGAUCAAAGGGUUAAUAGUCACUUUUAAAAAAUUUUCCAUGUAAAUAAGAUUUCUAAAUUUGGGUUAUAGAUUUGUAAGAAAUAUAUAUAAAAAAAAAGACAAAAAAUGAUGGCAAGAAUAAAUAUGAUAGAUGAUAAACCAAUUAGAGAUGAGGGGGAGAGGCGUUACUUCUAGACUUGUUGCAGUGUGCAGUGGGAGGCGCUUCAGUAACUUCCUGCCUGUAAGGAUCUGAGGGGAGGAGGUGGUUUAAAGGCACCUGAACGCACCGCGAGUCGGGUGUAAAACCUUUAAAUACAAACAGCGAGCGACACAGAGCUGAAAUCAGGCGUCGGAUUUGCGCUUAACAUCAAAAACUAUAAUUAUAUAUUUAUGAGGUAUCUGAAUAUGUAGCAUCAUUAUCUUCUUUGCCUGAUUGAGCUCAACUUAAAGCUUAUUUCUACGCCACCGCUAUACAUUUAUUUUUCUAUUCCUUAAAUGAUUUAUUGAAACUCAUAAAGGACACCUUUGAGAUAUUUUUGUAAACGCGGCCCCCGUAUUUGAUAAAACUGCCAUCAUUGCCGUACAGGUGCAGUUUGUUCUGGUCCUCUUCCUCCGUUACUCUUGAUGAUUCGGCUCCAUAGACGACGAGGCUAAAAUUAACAUUAAAUAAAAGCUUUUCUUUUCUUUCUUUCUUUCUUUUUUUUUUUUUUUUUGGACUUGUAUUUUCAAUUAUUCAUUGCUGUUAUCGCAGUUCAAGCUUUAAUUUCACAUAUUUUUGUUUUUCGUUUGCGUCAUUGGUUUGUUUGGUCAGAGGUCAUCAGUUGAGGUGAGGGCCGAAGCGCCCCUCCCUCCAAAUAUUACGACUUAAAGGGCUCAUAAAUCGUCUCAGAUGUUGUGAUUUAAUACAAGACGAACUUUCAAGUUAUACCAAAAUCUUACACCCUGCACAACAAAACACUUCUGAGCUUGUAUUCUAGGAGGGUGUACAAUUUUAGGUUUGCAAGUUCGAAACUGAGAGUUGAUCAAUAUUUUUCUUUAUCUCCAUCUUUUCUUUCUUUUCGCUAGUUUAUAUUAAAUUAUUUCUCUCUGGGAGGGCGUACUGUCUGUCGAAGCACACGGUUCGCUCUGAUGGGAGUGUUUGAUUGCAAUAGACCUUUAUAUCUGCUGUAUUGUUCUAAUAAAAAGGUUUUUGAAGCUGUCA